AUGAUAGCUGUAUUUGCUAGCCGUGCUGCAGAUGUACUAGUGCCAAGCCUUGUUGGACUUGGAUUUGGACUGUUUCUAGCACUAGAGCUACUAGAUUCCGAACUAGAGGUGAUUAUCAUUCAAAAAUACCCACUAUAUAAUCAUACACACUAUAAUUUGAGUGGUAACCAAGUAUCUAUGCAGGAUUUACCUCAAGUUAGCUCCUCAAAAUCACUCUUAGUUGGCACAGAGACACAGAUUAACAAAGACUCGCCAGACUCCCCAGGGACUCGCCAGACUCCCCAGAGACUCCCCAGGGACUCGCCAGGGACUCCCCAGAGACUCCCCAGGGACUCGCCAGGGACUCGCCAGACUCCCCAGGGACUCCCCAGGGACUCCCCAGAGACUCCCCAGGGACUCCCCAGGGACUCCCCAGGGACUCGCCAGGGACUCCCCAGGGACUCCCCAGAGACUCCCCAGGGACUCCCCAGGGACUCCCCCAGGGACUCGCCAGACUCCCCAGAGACUCCCCAGAGACUCGCCAGACUCCCCAUAGACUCCCCAGAGACUCCCCAGGGACUCGCCAGGGACUCCCCAGAGACUCCCCAGGGACUCGCCAGGGACUCGCCAGGGACUCCCCAGGGACUCGCCAGGGACUCGCCAGGGACUCGCCAGGGACUCCCCAGGGACUCCCCAGGGACUCGCCAGGGACUCGCCAGGGACUCGCCAGAGACUCCCCAGAGACUCCCCAGGGACUCGCCAGGGACUCCCCAGGGACUCGCCAGGGACUCACCAUGUAACACUAUAUAA